GGGUUUUGAAGGCAUCCUGCAUUGCCAAGAAAAGAGUAGUAGAAUGAAACAAGUUUGGCUCUGUCUCUCUCUACUAUUUCUAAGUUUCAGGUUUGGGGACCGUUCAACGCUGAAGAUGCUCUGAGGUGUUCUUCCUUCGCUAUCUGAUGGGAACUCACGAAUAUUAGUGCUUCAGCUGCUGCUUGCCCACUCUCAGUUUGCACCUUCCAUCCAUUCCUGUUUCCAAUCAUUUGGGGUUCUCAGUUUGGUAUGAUCUUUAGGCCUAUGGCUAGCAUUCUGAGGUUACUCGUUGUUCCAUCUACUGAUGAAAGUGCACUUUAUGGAGAAACUAGGCAACAAAAUACAUCAGAGAUGUACAUGAAACAGUUGGAAGUGGUUAGGUUACUUAGGGCUCUGUUUCGAAUGAAGGUUCACCUGUUUAGUUUUGAUUUCGAAAAGGACAUUAAUGCAAAUCCUAGAGAAUUGCUUUUCUUGCUUCUAUCUUCUUAUGGUGCGACACUCAGUGAAGUUGACUUGGAAAUAUACAGUCUCAUGCUUGAAAUUGAGUCUGCUAAUCUGUCAAACUCUGGAAGCAUUGCUGAAAGGGAUUACCUGUGGGGAAGGGCUGCUAUUAGAAUUAGAAAAGAACGAGAACAGGAGCAGGAUCUGUCGUCUCAUAUGAUGAAGGAUGUUGAAGCAGUAGAAGGCCGAAGAACUCAAUUCAGGGAAAACCUCCCCAUUGACCCCAAAUUGUAUGCAUAUACUGUUUUACAUUUUCCUUAUGGAAGAAACGUUGUUGAGGUUCAACAUGGCGAUUCUGAUGAUAUGAAUGAGAUAAACUAUCCGAAUGUUGAGCAAAUACAAACACAUGAUCCUGUUUUCAUCUUGCGCUUCUCAAUUCAUAGGCUGUUGAUGGGUUACAUUGAACCAGUGGAGUUUACUAGUUUGGGCUUGCUUGCCAUUGCAUUUGUGAGCAUAUCUUCACCACAUGAUGAGAUGAGGAAAUUGGGGUAUGAGGCUCUUGGAGGAUUCAAGAAUGCAUUAGAGUCUAUACCAUUGUUUGCAAAUUUUCUCUGGAGCAACUCAGUUAAUUUUAGAACAGACAGACUAUGGAUACUUUGUCUCCUAUAUGCAGGACUUGAUUCAGAUGAUGAUGCUCAAAUAUAUAUCAGGAACAACAUCCUUGAGAUUCUACUGGGUUUUUACGCUUCUCCUCUUUCAGAUAUUGAAUCAAAAGAAAUGAUUCUUCAGGUGGUAAAGAAAUCUGUUAAAGUUCAUAAAUUGGCUUGUCAUCUAGUUGAGCACUGUAGUAUUAUUUCAUGGUUAUCAUCAAUAGUUUCAGUCUUCUGUGGGAAGCAAUACCAAACUCAGACAAAUUUACCAUUCCCUCUGUUAAACAGAGCACUGGAGGUGGUCAAUGAUGUCAUUUCUACCCGAAACAUAAUUGAGUGGUUGCAGCAGUUUGCCCUGGAGCAGCUCUCAGAACUUUCAACUCAUUUAUACGAACUCUUAGUUGGUGGCAAUCUUAUAGAAAAAGUUCAUCUUGUUACUUCAGUUCUGGAGAUACUUACGUCAACCUUGAAGAUAUCUCUUGAACGAAAAGUUUAUCAGCCACAUUUUACCAGGGUUCGUUUCAGAUAUACAAAGUUGUUGAUGUAUGCUGUGAUGGAAAUUAUAGUCCUUGUGCAGAAUUAGGACUGGAAGCUAUACUUAUGAGCACUCCUCCAGGGGCCAUAUUAUGCAUGGAGGGAGAUAAGCUGCUUAUGUUUGUAAGGUGGGCAACUUCCAGUGCUUUACAGUCAAGCUCUGCAAAAGCGCUUCAGCCUGGGAUACUUAUUGCGAUUCUGCAAUUUUGUUGGAGACAGAGCAAUCUGAAGAUUCUUCA